CUCGAGUUUGGGAUUCUGGUCUUUGGUUUACUACAAGAGAAGAACACGUUUUCGAGGGGUAAUGUGUAAGUACGUUCCCAAUCAGCUCUCGUGUGACAGGAAAGGAGUUGGCGAUAAUAUGCGAACGGGGGGUUACGUUUAUUGACCCUUCCUGUACCACCCUUCACCCUAGCCGGGUCAGUGUCACGAUGUUCGAUUGAAUCGACCAUUCCAGAGGGCCAUCGGAGUGACUGACGCGGCCCUUCGCAGAAUAUAGGAAUCGAUUCUAACAGCCAGCGGGUCCUGCACAUCGAUUCGAUUUUCCGUUCCUCUAUAUCCCACACGAUCCAUUUCAAUUUUGGACCAUAGGUAUCCUCUUGAAGGCCAAUCAACAUCAGAUUACGCGACGUAUCAAAACGUCCCGCUCCUCAAAAUACACGUACGACAAUCCAAGGAUCCUUGACCGCGAUGGCGCCCCCAACCCGCAAGGAGCUCCGCCCAACCACUCCGGAAUCGACGGAAGACGCAUUCGAAGAUGCCCCCGAUAUCACGCCUCGUCCGCAUUCGAAUUCCCCCAAGACGUCGCGUAGCCUAACAGACCGAAGCACGUCGUCGGGGUCGAGGAAACUGUAUAAAGGCAACGGAAGCCUUUCAAAGGAGAACACGGCUGCCAAAAUCGCCAAAUUCGAGGGGCGCGCUCAUGCGGGGGGGAACGGGGUAGAAGUGGAGGCGCCGCAGAAGAGUCCGCUGUUGACGACCCAUGGCGACCGUGGCGAUCAUGGCGAGGUGACGGAUAUGGAUGAAGUCAGUCUUGAUGAAGUCAAGCUUUCGUCUGCUCCACCACCUAUACCGGCAUCCUCCACGACAGACUUCCCACUAAGACCCAUGCCAUCUAACAUCGCCGCAAACGAUACAAAUACGAAUGCACAAGCACCCCCCACCCCGGACAAACAUGCAUCCACAGCGUCUUCCGCAUCCCCAUUCCCCUCCCUCGGCAGCCGAAAACUUACUGCCCCCUUCUCCUGGCUCUCCCGCACCAGUCCGAAGCCCUCCACCCCAUCUCCACCCCUCCCUAGACCUAUAGACACCGCAGGCAGCCGCCGCAACACCGCCAGCUCCACCACCACACUUAGCAGCAACCCUGACGUACCCCUCUCCCACCUCUCCCGCCUCGCUGAGGAAGGGUCGCCGACCACCCCCGCCGCACAAAACUCCCGCGGCAAGCUCCGCGACCGAUUCAAGCUCCUGAGAAUGCAGGAAGAAGCCGGCGUCAAUAUCUUAUCCCUUGAGUCGGAUGACUCUACGACAGCAUCAGGCCUAGGAAUCGCACACGGCGGCCAGCCCGGCGGCGCCAUGUCCCCCGACAAAGAACGCGAUGAUCCCUCCUCGGUCCCGACGCAGCCAACACCCCCAGCCAAAUCCCAGCGGAGUAUGUCGAUUAGCUCCGUCCAGACAAUCAAUCGGGCGCUACCGCCCGGCACCGCGUCAGGGCUGGCAGAAGCGGAGAAAUCCGGACCGGUGGACUGGGAUCUGUGGCAGUCGAUAGUGUAUGAAGGGCCCGCGGCGGUGGCGCGGACGAGUCCUGAAGAGAUGAAAGAGGGCAUCGCGCUUGGGAUUCCCGGGACGAUACGAGGGGUGGUGUGGCAGGUGCUUUCGGGGGUUGACCCCAGUCCAGGCGUAGAAGGGCUACAGGACCUUGCGCAGAUGUAUUGGGGUCUGGUAGCGAAGGGGACAGAGAAGGAGAAGGAGAAAAUCGAUAGCGCGCCGAUGAGUCGGGCAGGGAGUCAGAGUACGGGGAACGGCGUGCCGGCCAACGGGAGCGUGCAAAGCUCGGGGAGCAGCGUGAGCGAGAUAAUCGGGCCGGGACAACCGAGUCCGGGUACGGCGCCUCCGCACGAGUCGACUAGCAGUGGCUUCGAUGUGCGGAAUUUGCGGGAGAAGCUUAGCUUUGCGGCCAAGAAGCCAUCGGUGCCUCUCUUGCCAGGGAGAGAGAAGGAGAAAGACGAUCCCGAAAUGAUUCGGAAAUUGGAGAAAACGAUACGGAAGGAUAUUGGCGCGAGGACGAGUUAUUCAAAAUACCUCAUGGCGGCGGGGUUGCAGGAAGGGCUUUUUGGUGUGUGCAAGGCGUAUGCUUUGUAUGACGGCGAAGUCGGGUAUGCGCAGGGGAUGAACUUUGUGGCGAUGCCGUUAUUGUUCAACAUGCCAGAAGAAGAAGCCUUUGCUCUCCUCGUUCGUCUCAUGCAAACUUACCACCUCCGCGACCUCUUCGCCCCCGAAAUGCCAGGCCUCCACCUCCACCUUUACCAAUUCGCCCGCCUCCUCGAGGACCUUGAGCCCGCGCUGUACUGCCACCUCAACCGACGCGGCGCGACACCGAACCUCUACGCCACCCAAUGGUUUCUCACCCUGUUCGCAUACCGCUUCCCCCUUCAACUCGUGCUACGGAUCUACGACCUCAUCCUCUCCGAAGGCCUCGAAGCGUCCGUUCUCAAAUUCGGCAUCGCCCUGAUGCAGAAGAACCGGGAUUUGCUGCUCGGCAUGCACGACAUGUCGCAGUUGACUAUGUUCCUCAAAGAACGCCUCGUCGACGCAUACAUCGACAAGGCCCCCUCCGCGAGCAGCCUGCUCGACUCCGGUUUCUUCGGCUCCAGUGGCUCCGGCGCCGACCGCGAAAUCUACCGCGCCGAAGAGCUUGUUCGCGACGCCUGCGCCAUCCCAGUCACCGAAAAGAUGCUCAGCACCUACUCCGCCGAAUGGAAAGAGCAGCUGCGGGAGACACGGGAGCGCGAGACGGAGCUUGAGACCCUCCGCUCACAGGGACACACGCUCAGCGCAAAGGUCCGCCGACUCGAGGAAGACGCCGAGAAAUCGGACCACGAACACGUGCUUGCAGCGUCGGAGCUCGUGCGCAUCAAGGUCGAGAAUCAGACGCUGGAAGACGUGAACGAGAGUCUGAAGGGGCAGGUGGAGGAGUUGAAGAAGGUGGUAGCGAGCCAGACGGAGGAGGUGGAGGCGCGGUUGAAGGCCGAUAUGGAUAAGGUGAUGCAUCGGAAUAUCGAGGUGCAUAACGAGAAUCGGGCGCUGGAGGAUCAGAUGACGGAGAUGGAGAAGGAGUUGGUGGAGGCGAAGAUGGGGUAUGCACAGAUCAAUUCGGAGUACGAAACGUUGAAGCAGAAGUGGCAUAGCAUUACGACGAUGCUGAACAACAAGUAAGAGCCGCGGUGGCCCCAUUGUCAAGUCUCUUCCCGGGCCACGGGAAAAUUUGCUACAUGUCAAUGCGGUCUGGAACCAUUCCUACGGAGUCGGUCUUUGUAUUCACAUAUACCCCGUUUUUAUGUCAUGACAGGGUCACGUCUGCUAUUCUUUGGAUCAGAUGGGUUGUGAGUUGGAAAAUAGUGGAGGGGGGAAUGGAGGGUUGUACUGAAUAACGAACGGAUACAUCAUUACGGUAAGUCACUGCUCUUGGAAGAGGACGGCAUCAUCAGGACAGUCACGUAGAUAGCAUGUUGCAUAUUCCACCAAAAUCACAGCCGCUAAACCGGCAGAUCCAGACGCACGGAUAUGACUCUUUUUGUAGAUUAACUUUCUUGCAUUAUGAUUCCC